AUGUGCGGCUGCGCGGCCCUCGUCGCCGGCGGCCGGCUGCCACCGCCCGCCCUCCCCCGCCGAGGGAGCUCCGUCCGGGCAGAGGUCUCGCCAGGUGGCGAGUCCCAGCAGAAGAAGGUCGCCGUCGCGGGCGCCGGCUGGGCCGGCCUUGCCGCCGCGCAUCACCUCGUCAAGCAGGUUGAAUUUCCCAUAUUUCAUAACCAGCCCCGAUUACCAGCUCCCUUUGGAGUCUUUGCAUAUCCAGAAUUCCCUAAUCUCCCUUUGAUUGAUAGGCUGACAUCAAUUCCUGUCAUGACUGCAGUCAUUGACUUCGACAACACUGACACUGCUUGGAGGAAAUAUGAUGCAAGCUCCUACAAGUACACACUGAGAGGAUCAACUUCCUUUCCAAAUUUGUUUAUUGCUGGUGAUUGGAUUGUCAACCGACAUGGGUCCUUUUCUAAAGAAAAAGCAUAUGUGACUGGACUUGAAGCUGCUAAUAGGGUGGUAGACUAUUUUGACACCGGGGACUUUGCCAAAAUAAUUGCAGUUGAAGGAGAUGAGCCCCAUAUAGAGACAUUGCGUAGUCUCAACAGAAGACUCAAUGAACUGAAGUCACAAAUUCCAUUCUCAGAAUUCUUUCUCCAAUAA